CAGGUUCCGUUCUGUUUCGGGAAGGUGCAGUCGGAUAUAUUUUGAAGGAAAUUCAAUAUUUUAGUUCCCGUUUGAGUAUUACAUAUUACUAGAGAUUAUUAGAGAUUAUGUUUUUACCCCGACAAAUUUGUCUGGUCUGUCAGAAAGUGACACACGUAUUCGUAUAAAAUGUGCUGCAUAGCUCUCAGUCAACUGGUCAUAUGAUUUUGGUUAUGCUGACGUUACAACAUUUCUGUUGUAAAACAACGUCCUCAGAGUACAAUUCAAAUAAUUUAAAGUCUAAUCUGAAGCGGCAACCUGGACACCAAGUAAGUUCUCUUUGAUAUGUAAUAUUCCAAGUUUUCCAUAUCAGGAAGUCAAGUAGUCUAUCUUCAUAAGUUAUUCAGUAACAGACAGGAACCCAAUUUGAUAACAAGCUGCUUAAAGAGCCGCACAGGGGGUAUGUUAAGACAGAACAAGCUCAGCUGGGGCCCAGUUAAGAGUAUUUUAGCCAGUGAGUCUCUGGAGCUGUGACAACAUGGGGGUCGCCCGUGGACUGCAGUUUAUGACACUUAUCCACAUUCUGCUAUGCUGUGAUUCUCUUCCUCGAAAGCAAAUGGAGUUUUUGAUCCGGCACACCUGGGAUAGCAAUCCUGUGAAUCAUGACCCUAUCAGGGUCGUUUUUUCUCCUGGCCAGGGAGGGCUGAAGAUUGAAGUGUUUGGUCCCUUCUUCAAUGACCCAGCAGCUCCUGCAAGCCCCCCCAGUCAGCCCUUCCCUGGACUCUGGGAUUAUGAAGUUGUGGAGUCCUUCUUCCUUGAUAGUACUACAGAAAAUUACUUAGAGGUGGAGCUUUGUCCACAUGGACAGCACCUGAUAUUAUUGCUGUCAGGAGUUGGCCAAGCAUUCCUGCAACAACUGCCCAUGGUGUUUAAUGCCACCAUCAAAGGGGACAGGUGGAUGGGCGAGGCUCUCCUUCCCUGGUCGUACUUCCCUCCCAAUAUCAACAAGAUGAACUCUUACGCCAUCCAUGGCUCAGGAGAGAAGCGUACAUACGAAGCCCUCUACCCAAUCCCCAAGGAGGAGCUAGUGGAAGGCCAAAAACCCAACUUCCACCGUCUGGAGUAUUUCCAAAAUUUCCGCCUGCAGAGCAUCAUGGGAGAAGGUUGGGUCCAGCCACACUCUGAUCUGUGGAUAGGAAAGCCCUGAGAUUGACAAAAAAGCUUUUUCCUCUAUCUUUUUUCUUUUUCUUGCACACACACGCACAUACACCAUGGCGGCAGAGCACUAGUACAAACACUCAUUGACUGGGAACAAAAGGCAAUCAAUCUUUAUUAGUAAAUGAUGUAAAAUGAUAUGACAAAAAAUAUGUUAUCAGCUUGUCAGAGCGUAUUAGCCUUCACACACAUCUUUAGAAGCACACAGUCACACACAUAUCACAAGGUAUUGGACGUCACCUUAAAUUGCCUUGGCAGAGUGUGACCUGUAGCGCUUAUACUGUGGAUGGUGGCAAGGACUGCUCAAUUUGACAUUCAGCUCCGGUGUAGCCUGUGCGUUUCAUUUCAGUGAGUUGAACCACAGCAGGUAUUUGUGAUUGUUUGCCCUGACUGUUAAGAGACACAUGCGCAAACAAUCACACACCACUGAAGUGAAAAAUCUGUUCUUCGGAGUUGCAAGCCAGAGCUUUUGGAUUUGUGCCGUACUGUAAUUAGAUCCUUUUGCAGUCAUUCCAUUGACUUUAUGGAUUUCCUUUUACAGUUAAAUAUCUUUAUAUAUUGAUUACAUAUUGCUGGGGAUGUGUAUUGUCAGUUUUUUUCCCCCUCUGUGAUUGUCUGAAAAAUGUCGCUUUAAUUGUAUUUCAUGUUUCACUUUUUUCCUAUCCAUUAAAGUAAUUGGUGGUUCAUCA